GAUGGACAAGACUUUUGCACUCAGAAGGCAAGAGGUAGUUGGAGAGGCCCCCAUGAUAGCUGAUUUCAAAACGAGGUGGCCAGCCCUCUUCCAUGUGCGUGAGGUGAGUGCAGAGUUCAAGAGAAUCACAACAAUCCAUUUGCAGUCAACAUUCUUCUCCAGGGUGGAUGCUCACUCUGCAAACCUAAUGAAGGCGUAUGCCAAGAAAGGUGGAGUUCAAGGAAGAAAAAUCAAGACCAUCAUGGCACCCAUGACCCAGAAUGACACUAUUGAAGUCAGAAGAGAAUGCAUCCUCAAAGGUCUCUGCGUGUACUUGAAUGAAGAUCCAGAGAAGCUUGUGAAGGAAUACCUGGAUGUCGAUGAAGGUGCUCAAACGGCCAUAGCAGAAACUGUCUUUGGAAUCUUUGUCAUUCGAGCAGAAGGUGCAGAGCCUGGCGACAACCCCGUUGAUGUGGGGAUUGUCCUUGAGGGGGUGGAAGUGAUGAGUAACUUAGGAAAUGUAUCUUUGGCUGUGGUGAUGUUGUUGGGUCUUGUCUAUGCGCUAAAUCUGAGCUACCCUCAGGAGCUCAGGUAUACUUUUGAGGUUCUUCAGAAAAUCAUUUUGGAAUUGGAUGGACACAAACUGUCCAACAAAGCACAAGUUCUCAAAACACUGCUCUCCCGCUGAGAAACUUUCUACAGCAUCAUCCUAACCUGAGGAAAACACAUAUAC